UACUCCGCGAAAGAUCCGGCGCGAAACCACGCGCAAUGUUUAGUUCCGCGCGUGCGGCGCAGUGAAAUAUGCCUUGGUGCAAGCAAGGAACUACAGACAAGCUUGUACGAGAGUUUUUACGCACUGGGGCCGCUGCAAGGAACAAGAUGAUGAAGAACUGGGGCGUGAUUGGUGGAAUAGCUGCUGCCAUGGCUGCUGGAGUCUAUGUACUAUGGGGGCCAAUUUCAGACAGGAGGAAGAAGAGAAAAGGUAUGGUUCCUGGUCUGCUUAAUCUGGGGAACACGUGUUUUAUGAACUCACUUCUCCAGGGUCUGGCAGCGUGUCCUUCCUUCAUCCGAUGGCUUGAAGACUUCACAAGUCAAAACAGCGCUGAUCGAGAGAGAACGGAAAGAGAAACUCAGCUGUCCAGAUCUCUGAUGCAGUUACUUAAAGCCCUGUCGAGUCAUGAUCCAGGAGAAGAUGAUGUUUUAGAUGCCGGAGGCCUUUUGGAAGCGCUCAGACUAUACAGAUGGCACAUCAGCUCAUUCGAGGAACAGGAUGCUCAUGAGCUCUUUCAUGUUCUCACAUCAUCAUUAGAGGAAGAACAGGAACGCCAACCCAGAGUCACUCACCUCUUCGACAUGCAAACACUGGAGAAAUCUGUGGAGUCCAAAGAGAAAAACAUUAGUUGUCGAAGUGGAGGCCCACUGCAUCCUAUUCCUAGUUUAUGGAGAACUAGGCAUCCUUUUCAUGGACGGUUAACAAGUUAUAUGGCUUGCAAGCGCUGUGAACAGCAGAGUCCUGUGCAUUAUGACUCUUUCGACAGCUUGUCUCUUUCGAUCCCUUCAAUACAGUGGGGUCGACCUGUUACUUUGGACCAGUGUUUACAGCAUUUCAUCUCCUCUGAAACCAUCAAAGAAGUGGAAUGUGAAAACUGCACCAAGCAGCAGGCUGGAGAGCUUGUAAAUGGAGAAGUGCUUGAGAGUCAGAGGACGACAUUUGUCAAGCAGCUGAAACUUGGAAAGUUGCCUCAGUGCCUCUGCAUCCAUUUGCAGAGACUGACGUGGUCUAAAGAGGGCAGUCCCAUAAAGAGACAAGAGCAUGUUCAGUUUACAGAAUAUUUAUCUCUGGAUCGAUACAAACACUGUAGUGCUGCUCAGAGCCAGCAGAAGACCAGCAGAACAAAUAAGGCCAAAGCUUCCGCAGACCCAAAGGACAAAGCCAUUGCUAAUGGUGUUG